CCCUCUAUCACUUUCGCUUCCGCCGGAGCGGGUCCCGCCGCCGCCGGAGUAUGGAGGACCCGGACUGCGACUCGACCUGGGAGGAGGACGAGGAGGAGGACGGCGAGGGCCCGAGGGCCGGGGCCGACGAGGAUGGCGAGGCCGGCGCUCCGGGGGACGUGGAGGCCGAGGCGGACGCGCGGCCCAGCGCGUUCCAGCUCAAGGUGACAGGGUCCCGAAACUGGCGAGCAGCGCGGGACACACGCAGGUACCGGCACCACUACCCGGAUCUGGCGGAAGGAGAUGGCGAUGGUGACCAGCCCAACCUGCGUUUCUACAAAAACGAGAUUCGGUUCCUGCCCGACGGCUGUUUCAUUGAGGACAUUCUUCAGAACUGGAAGGAAGAGUACGACCUCCUGGAGGACAAUCACUCCUACAUCCAGUGGCUGUUUCCCCUGCGGGAGCCAGGAGUAAACUGUCACGCCAAGCCCCUCACGCUCCAAGAGGUCGAGUGGUCCUCGCCUCUGCCCCCAGUGCUCCUUGCAGGCUUCCAGAGAAAUCCAACGGCGUUUAAAAGCUCCACGGAGGUCAGGAAGCGGUUGGUCCAGGCCUACGAGCUCAUGCUGGGCUUCUUCGGCAUCCAGCUCAAGGACCGAGACACGGGCCGGGUGUGCCGAGCGCAGAACUACCAGAAGCGCUUCCAGAACCUCAACUGGCACAGCCACAACAACCUCCGCAUCACCCGCAUCCUCAAGUCUCUGGGGGAGCUGGGCCUGGAGCACUACCAGGCCCCCCUGGCCCGCUUCUUCCUGGAGGAGACGCUGGUGCGCCGGCAGCUACCGGGCGUCCGGCAGAGCGCCCUGGAUUACUUUGUGUUCACUGUGCGGUGCCGGCACCAGCGCCGUGAGCUGCUCUACUUUGCCUGGGAGCACUUCCGGCCCCGCUACAGGUUCGUCUGGGGGCCCCACGACAAGCUGCAGAAGUUCAGGCCGUGCUCUCCUCCCUGCUCGCCCCGGCCAGCCCGCCCAAGGCAGGCCAACGGGGAGGAGAGCCCUGGGGACCCCCUCCUUGAGGCCGGAGCCCAGGGGCAGACCUGCGGGCCAGGGAGGGAUGAGGAGGGGGACCCGGUGGCCAAGGGUCCCCAGCCUCCCGGCACAGAGCCCCAGGAAGCUGGAGCCUUGGAGAAGGACCAGGGGGAUGAGGCCGGCGAAGAGCAGGGGCCAGAGUCUCCAAACCCCAAGGAGAGCAAGAAGAGGAAGUUGGAGGCGAACCUGCGGGAACGGGCCCCAGAGGAGCCGGCCCCACGGGAGCCGGGCCCGGGCGCCUCGGAGGUGGAGAAGAUCGCCCUGAACUUGGAGGGCUGUGCCCUCAGCCAGGGCAGCCUUGGGGCGGAGACCCAGGAAGUGGGCAGCCAAGCCCCGGAAGAGGCCGAGCAGCCCUGCCCCCAGCCCCUGGACACCAAGGUGGCUGAUGAGGUGAGGAAGCGAAGGAAGACGGACCAGGGUGCCAGGGAUGGCACUGGGGUGGCAGCAGAUGAUGGCACCGUGACGCUGGCCACCACCCAGCCCCCUGCCCCUUCAGGGUGCCCAGUGGCUGAAGAGGGUGAACAUGGGGUCAAAGCAGAAGCGGAUGGCCAGGCAGGGCCGGAGCAGGGUGCCCCCAGGAGCCCAGCCACUGCAGGACCCGAGGUGGAGGAGAGAGCAGAGCCCACGGAGGCAGGACCCUCUGUCCAGCCCAGAGAGCCGUAGGCAAGGGGAGGCCCGGGGCCCUGCCCCGCCCUGUCGCAGGCCUGGGAGCCAGGUCGCCAGCUGUUCUCCGCGCCCAGCUCUGCGGGCCUCUCCCCGCUGGUCCCUGCAGCCACUACUGCAGCUGCUGGAAGGGCAGGUCCCGCCCUGGGGGAGGCCGAGGCUUCAGCGUCCUUCUCACCUCGACCUCACUUCCCGCCUCUCGGCCUCCGCGCCGCUGCCCGGCCCCCUUUGUAACCUGGCUCCUCAUGGGCUGAGGGGUGGGAGCGGGGCUCAUUGUCUUAGUCUGGUGCAGAGGCCUUUUCUGAAUAAACUCAUUUGACUUUGA